AUGAACCGCAUGAACUUGGAGCUGAUCUCCCGGGCGCUGUGCAUCCUGUGCCUGGACGAGGCGGGGGGAGACAGGGCUGACACCGAUGUUGACACCAACGCCAUGCUGCGAGCCAUGCACGGCGCUGGCACGCGACAUCACUCCGCCAACCGGUGGUUUGAUAAGACCGUACAGCUGAUCAUCUCAUCAGACGGCACAGUAGGCAUGUGUUACGAGCACAGCGCUGCUGAAGGAGUGGCAGUCGUCCGUCUGGCAGAGCGUGCUCUAGCCAGGGCUGAGGUGGCUGACAGACCAGCGCCUCCACCAGCUCUCUUGCCGGCCCCACAGGCCAUGAAGUGGAACAUCACCCCUGACGUGCAGAGGACCAUCGAGACUGCUGCUAGGGAUUUAGACAGGGCCAUCUCAGACUUGGAUCACAAAGUAUACACAUACCGCGGGUAUGGGCGCGAGUUUAUGAAGUCGUGCCGCACCAGUCCUGAUGUCUACAUCCAGCUCGCCAUGCAGUAUGCUUAUUACAAAAUGUACGGGUAUCUCGUCACCACAUACGAGUCAGCCUCCCUGCGUCGGUUCCGUAACGGGCGCGUGGAUAACAUCAGAUCAGCUCACGGCGCAGCACUGGCGUGGGCCGCAGCUAUGUGCACGGCCGAGACUCCGCCCCUCAACGACGGAGACGACGGACAGAAGAAGGUGUCUUUCAAUUUGUAUGGGGAGCAAAAGAAAUUGGAGUUGUUUGAAGAGGCAGCUCGCAAGCAGACUGCUAUCAUGGAAGCCAACAUCCUGGGCAAGGGUAUUGAUAACCACCUGCUGGGGCUGCGGGAGGCGGCGCGCGAGACCCUGGGAGAAGUACCCCCGGUGUUCUGUGACACCACUUAUAAGCAAAUGAUUGAAUUCAAACUGAGCACUAGUCAGGUAACCACCACAACGGACGGCACAUUCAUGGGCUACGGUGCCGUCUGCCCCGACGGGUACGGCUGCAGCUACAACCCCAAGAAGGACAGCGUCAUCUUCUGUAUCUCCUCGUUCACCUCCUCUAGCGUCACCAACACGGAAGCCUUCCGGCAGUCCUUGGAGGAAGCCCUCGACUCCAUGAAACUUAUGUUCCAAGCUAAGAAGGCGGACAACUGA